ACGCAAGCCGACUGGACGGUGCGGUCAGCCUCCUUUAGCGUCAACAAGCCCUGCUGGCAGAACGUCAACACUCUCUGAAGUCUUUCGGGGACAAUUGGAGUAAUUUUGACAGGACAAAUAUCCUGAAGAGAAAAUGGCCCCUAAGCAGCGCAUGAGGAUAGCCAACGAGAAGGCAUCGAAGAAUGUUACUCUUCGGGGGAAUGUACCAAAAUCAACUAAACCCCAGGAUGAGAAGUACCCCGUUGGCCCAUGGCUGUUGGCUCUCUUCAUUUUUGUUGUUUGUGGAUCAGCCAUCUUCCAAAUUAUCCAGAGCAUCAGAGCAGCGUCCAUAGUUUAAUCAAUUUCCCAAUAUCUCAACUUCCCCAAUUAAAUAAUUGUUUUAUUGACUGAUGCUUAUUUAUAGACCACCAAGUGGUCCAUUUGUACAUACAGACGUUAUAUAUUGUGCACUGCACAGCAGGGAUUUAAUUAUUUCAUUAUAUUCCUUUUGUGACCAUUCCAAUCAAGCAAAAGAGAUGAAAUUAUUCCAGACUCAAUCUGCAUUUGAUGAAUGAUCUUUUUAAAUAAAAUUGAUGAUUUUGGUGUA